AUGUCUGACCUCACGCACUUCGACCUGCUCCCGCUGCACAUGGACGCGCAGUCCAAAGCCAUCAGCGCAACGAAGCGCUCGCGCGCGCUCGACGCCGAGCUGGAGCAGCUCAACAUGCUGCACCGGUCGCUGCUGUCGCUCGACGGCAGCGCGGCAGGGGUGCCACCGCCGCCCAUCCCCGUCAACCCCAAGCGCACGGGCAACGUGACCAAGCUGCGCGACAACGGCAAUGCCGAGUACCGCAAGCAAAAGUACGGCGAGGCCAUCCGGCUCUACACGCUGGGCAUCCAGAUGGCGCUGACGCGGCCGCUGUGGGAGCCCGCGGCGCUGGUGCGCGAGGAGGUCAGCGGCUUGCUGGCGAACCGCGCGCAGGCGCACAUGGCCUUGAACAACUGGCCCGAGGGCGCUGUCGAUGCCGAGGCCAGCGUCGAGGCGAGGCGUGUGGGCAAUGCGAAGGGGUGGUGGAGGAGGGGUCGGUGUUUGGUCGAGAUGGGUAGGCUUGAGGAGGCUAGGGAGUGGGUGAGGAGCGGGCUGGAAGUUGAGGGCGAGGAGGCCGAGUUGGUGGGCUUGCUGAGGGAAAUUGAGGGCUUGAUUGGCAAGAAGAAGGCGUCGUAA